UUCCGCCAUAUCCAUGUGUGUUGUAGUGUCGGCGGUUUGUCCCGCGUGUUUGCCAGUUGCUGAAGAACAGAAGGUUUGGUUCGGUCCUGGUUCGGUGCGGUCGUGGUUCUGGUUCCGUCUGAAGGUUUAACAGUUUCAGCGCCUCCUCAUGACUGAUCCGGCAGACUGCCUUCAGAAGAAGAAGAAGAAGAAGAGGAGGAGGUCCGAGAGUCUGGAUGAACCUCCUCCUGUUGUCGACUCACGUGAUGAAACGAAGGAGAAGAAGAGGAGAAGAGAGGGAGAUGAGGACAUGGAGGUCAGCUCUCCUGCUGAGGAGGAGGUGAACGUAAAGAAGAAGAGGAAAAGGAAGGAGGUACAGAAUGAGGAGGAGAGGACUGUGGUUGAACCUCCUCCUGUUGUCUCCUCACCUGUGGAAAUGAAGAAGAAGAAAAGGAAGGAGGUGCAGAAGGAGGAGGAGAGGACUGUGGUUGAACCUCCUCCUGUUGUCUCCUCACCUGUUGAAACAAAGAAGAAGAAGAAAAGGAAGGAGGUGCAGAAUGAGGAGGAGAGGACUGUGGUUGAACCUCCUCCUGUUGUCUCCUCACCUGUCGAAACAAAGAAGAAGAAGAAAAGGAAGGAGGUGCAGAAUGAGGAGGAGAGGACUGUGGUUGAAUCUCCUCCUGUUGUCUCCUCACCUGUCGAAACAAAGAAGAAGAAGAAAAGGAAGGAGGUGCAGAAGGAGGAGGAGAGGACUGUGGUUGAACCUCCUCCUGUUGUCUCCGCACCUGUGGAAAUGAAGAAGAAAAAGAAGAAAAGGAAGGAGGUGCAGAAUGAGGAGGAGAGGACUGUGAUUGAACCUCCUCCUGUUGUCUCCUCACCUGUCAAAAUGAAGAAGAAGAAAAGCAAGGAGGUGCAGAAUGAGGAGGAGAGGACUGUGGUUGAACCUCCUCCUGUUGUCUCCGCACCUGUGGAAAUAAAGAAGAAGAAAAAGAAGAAAAGGAAGGAGGUGCAGAAUGAGGAGGAGGAGAGGACUGUGGUUGAACCUCCUCCUGUUGUCUCCUCACCUGUUGAAACAAAGAAGAAAAGGAAGGAGGUGCAGAAUGAGGAGGAGAGGACUGUGGUUGAACUUCCUCCUGUUGUCUCCUCACCUGUCGAAACAAAGAAGAAGAAACAUAAAGAGAAAGAGAGCAUGGCCAUGGUAACAACUGAAAACAGCAGUGUGGACAUGGAGGAGAAGAAGAAGAAGAAGAAAAGGAAGGAGGAGAAAAGGAGGCCUGUGGUUGAUGAACCUCUUGUUGUCACAUCACCUGUUGAAAAAGAAAAGAAGAAGAAAAGGAAGGAGGUGCAGAGGGAGGAGGAGAGCAUCACCAAGGUGACAACUGACAACAAUGUCAGCAUGAAAAAGAAGAAGAGGAGGAAGAUGGAACAGGAAGACGAGAAUUGUGUUGUCAUAGCAACCUUUCAGUCAGAAGAAAAGAAGAAGAAACAGACAAAUGGGUUGAUGGAGCCGAGCGUCACCAUGGCAACAACCACCAAAGACCUGGACUGGGAGCCACUGGUUCCCAUGGAAACCAGCAAGAGCAAGAAGAAAGAGGAGAAAAAGAAAGAGGAGGAACAGGAGGAUUGUAUCAUCAUAGGAACCACAGAGACAGAAGUGAGGAGCAUCACCAUGGUAACCACCAACAAAAACCCCCAAACAGAACAUGUAAAGAACCAGGUGGAGCCGGUCACCAUAGCAACCGCCCAGAAAGAACAACAGCAGAAGAACAACAACUACAACUGGAACCAGCACCAGAUAGACGGGCAGAUGGAACCCAGCAUCACUAUGGAAACGGCUGACGCUUGUUGGGAGGCCCAGCUGCAGGAGCUGCAGGAGUUUAUUCCAAACCUCAGUCAGAAAUCCUCCAUCGUCAUCAGUAAAAUGCUGCUCUACGACCUGCCGCGAUUCAGGGAAUUCAAAAAGAAAGGCGUGGCUCUGCGAUGGGGGCGGUUCUCCGAGGAGGAGAAUGAGCAAAUCCGAGCCAACAUUAACAACUUCUUACUUCUGACUGGAAUCGACUCUGUGGAGGAGCUGAUGUUUCCACAGCGAUUCAAAGACAAGGAGGCAGAGAUUAAGAAGCAGCGAAUAAACUAUCACUACAUGCAGAGAAUAGCUGAAGGAAUCCCUCGUCCCUGUGUCCAGAUCCUCAUCAGAGCCAAGAAGAUGAUGGACCAGAGGAACCACAUGGGAAGGUUCACAGACGAUGAGGUUCACGCUCUGACAAAGCUUCACACUCUUCAUGGUAACGACUGGAAGACAAUCGCAGAGAAGAUGAACCGCAGCACCGCCUCCGUUCUGAAACGAUUCGCCACCACUGGUGAAGGUAAGGGGGCGUGGUCUGAGGACGAGGUGGCCCGCCUCAAAAGCGCCGUAGAGGAUCACCUGAAGACCCGCCUCUGUAAAAGUCCUCCUGGCUCGGGUCUGACCGGACAGCAGCUCAGCGUGAAGCUGCCCUGGACUAGGAUCAGCCUGGCCGUGGGGUCCCGGACCUGGUACCAAUGUCGCCUCAAGUGGUUUUCCAUCCUGAAGCACUGUCUGGAGGGUCAAAGGUCAACGUCGGGGCUGGGCAUCCAGAACCGGAUCGACAUCAUCAACACGUUGUUCAACAUGAACGUCAGGGAGCCCUGUGACUUCGACUGGAUGGAGGUCGCCAAAGCUGUCGGGGCUGUGACUCCUGUUUACGUCCAGAAGGCGUUCCGUCGAAUGAAAACUACCGGAGUACCCAACUGGAACCGGCUGUCCUACGGAGAGAUCGUGGACAUCCUCAGGGAGAGGGAACUUCCUCGGCUGCAGAUGAAGUUGGACAGACUGAAGAAAAAACAGGAACAGAGGGACGGACACAGACGGACGGAGAACCCUGUGGACCUGCAGAAGACCUACCAACUGUCUGAGAUCUUCUCAGAAUCGGACAGCUGAAAAACAGAGGACAACUGAAAAAAAGGAUUUAGGACCGAAAACUAAACCAAGAACUGAGAAUUACCUCAAUGUGUUGUUUUUAAAAAGUGCAGAGAAUGUGUUUAUGUAAAUGAACCUGAAAAUAAAGAAGUC